UCACAUUUCAAAGAAACCAGCAAACGGGGGUUAGCAAACGCCAGAAAGCUCACUGGAUGCUACGGCCUUUUCCCCUCCUAUCUUCCGAAAUUGACACAUUUCUCACUCACCAAAGAACGUUUUUCCCCUCCUUUCCUUUCUGUCUUCAAAACCGCCAUAACAACCCCCUGACGGGACGUCCUGCGCACCCGCCAGCCAGAUUGAGCACCAGUAGCGUGUAAGCCGAGCCGGGCAGUUCCAACGCGUGCAGCAAUGCCGGAUGCUGCCGCUCACCUUCCCUUCUACUAUGGCAGCAUUGCCAGGUCAGAGGCUGAGGAGUACCUGAAGCUGGCUGGCAUGUCAGAUGGACUGUUCCUGCUGCGGCAGUGCCUGCGCAGCCUGGGGGGCUACGUCCUUUCCAUGGUGUGCAACCUGCAGUUCUAUCAUUACGCCAUCGAGCGCCAGAUGAAUGGAACCUACGCCAUCGCGGGUGGCAAAGCACACUGUGGGCCUGAGGAACUUUGUGAGUUUUACUCCAAGGAUGCCGAUGGGCUCUGCUGUACCCUCCGCAAACCCUGCAACCGCCCCAGCGGCGUGGAGCCCCAGCCUGGGGUCUUUGAUAGCAUGAGGGACAACAUGGUGCGCGAGUAUGUCCGACAGACAUGGAGACUGGAGGGGGAUGCCCUUGAACAGGCCAUUAUAAGCCAGGCCCCUCAGGUGGAGAAGCUUAUUGCAACCACAGCCCAUGAGAGGAUGCCCUGGUACCAUGGCAACAUUGCCCGGGAUGAAGCUGAGCGGAGGCUCUACUCUGGGGCACAACCUGAUGGGAAAUUCCUGCUGAGAGACAAAAAGGAAAACGGCACUUAUGCUCUGUCCCUUGUCUAUGGCAAAACAGUUUAUCACUAUCGGAUCGACCAGGACAAGUCUGGCAAGUACUCCAUCCCUGAGGGGACCAAGUUUGACACGCUCUGGCAGCUGGUGGAAUAUCUGAAGCUCAAACCAGACGGGCUGAUUUUCUACCUGAGGGAAAGCUGCCCCAACCCCAGCAUGCCAGCCUCUGCAGCACCAGCUCCACCAACCCACCCCUCCGUGAGCAAAAACCUUGGGCCUCUCAAUGCAGAUGGAUACACACCAGAGCCUGUAGGGAAGUCACGCAUGCUACCCAUGGACACCAGUGUUUAUGAGAGCCCAUACAGUGACCCUGAGGAGCUGAAGGAUAAGAAACUAUUCCUGAAGAGGGACCAUCUGAUGAUCGAUGAAGUAGAACUGGGAGCAGGAAACUUUGGCUGUGUCAAGAAAGGAGUCUACAAAAUGAGAAAGAAGCAGAUCGAUGUGGCCAUUAAGGUGCUGAAGAGCAACAAUGAGAAAACAGUGAGGGAUGAAAUGAUGACAGAAGCUCAGAUCAUGCACCAGCUGGACAACCCCUACAUUGUCCGCAUGAUUGGGGUCUGUGAGGCAGAGUCCCUGAUGCUCGUGAUGGAGAUGGCUUCUGGUGGCCCACUCAACAAGUUCUUGUCUUCCAAGAAAGACGAGAUUACAGUCAGCAAUAUUGUGGAGCUGAUGCAUCAAGUAUCCAUGGGGAUGAAGUACUUGGAAGAAAAAAAUUUUGUCCACAGGGACUUGGCAGCAAGAAAUGUCCUGCUGGUCAAUCAGCAUUAUGCCAAGAUCAGUGACUUUGGCCUCUCAAAGGCUCUCGGUGCUGAUGACAGCUAUUACAAGGCCAGGACAGCAGGAAAGUGGCCUUUGAAAUGGUACGCGCCAGAGUGCAUCCUUUAUCACAAGUUCUCCAGCAAGAGUGAUGUAUGGAGCUACGGUGUGACCAUGUGGGAGGCCUUCAGCUACGGGCAGAAACCGUACAAGAAAAUGAAAGGCCCAGAGGUCAUCAGCUUCAUAGAGCAAGGGAAGCGCAUGGACUGUCCCACUGAGUGCCCGGCAGAGAUUUACGCCCUCAUGAUGCAAUGCUGGACCUACAGAUGGGAAGAGCGUCCAGGAUUUUUUUCAGUGGAAAACACGAUCCGCACCUACUACUACAGCAUUGCCACCAAGACAGAAAACGGUCCGAAGGCAGAGGACAAGUCAAAAGCAGCUUUUCCUUGAGUUUCCCUAUCUGUCCCUCAACACACACCCUGGACUUCCUGCACAGGACCUGGAAAGGCUCUUUGCAAAUUUUGACUUUAAUCUGUUAUAUGGUGGGUUUUCUUUUUUCGCUUCAGAACUAAGAAGCCAGGAGAUGAUGCUGCCAGCAGACAGCAGGGGAGAGCACUCAGUUGUGCUCUGUGUUUCCCAACUGCCAGCCAUGGUUUACACCUCCAGUCUGACUGGCACACGACAGAACAGGACGGUGUUGUAGUUCCUUCCUACUCACUUCCAAAACCAUAUCCCAAUAUCAUAGCUUAAUGCCAACCAGGCUUACUGAGGAUGAACUGUGCUGGCUCCAGCAGACCUGGAUUUUUCCCCAUCCCUCAGAAGAAGAUUCUUGUGCUGGAAACCUGCUCAGCACAGGGCAUGGUGUCUUCUUCCCUGCACUGGUUAAGGUUCCUCAUACAACAAAACCCGAAGCAUCUGUUGCUUGCCCCCUGGGCCCUGACUGCCUCUGUGCUACUGA